AUGGGGAAUAUGCAAGUUCUUGUUUGUAAAUGUUACUUAUCCAAAUCUAUGUACAGUGACACUUACACAUGUUUCAAUAUGAGGCAUGCAUCCAAGAUGCUUAGCNUUUCAUUUGUAUCAUAUGAAUUGGCUGUAUUGGCAACAUAUGUUGGUGAUGAGUUCCUUGCUCUGUACCACUGUGUAAGAAGUUUAGCUGUUAAAGAACCUUUUCCCGAUGCCUGGAAGAACCUCAUUGUACUCUUUGAAGAGAACAGGUUAUCCAAUCUGCAGUCCCUUUCAGAGGAGGCCCACUUUGAUUUCUUAAAACCAUCCGAGUCCUUUGAGAUGAUCCAAUCACAAUCAAGUGAUGGUUCCUCAAAUUGCAACAUAUCAAGUUCCACUGAAGAAGUCCAUUCUGUGGAAACUGAUUUAUGGUCCCUUAUUAUUAGAAUGAUAAGUUUUUUCUUCAUAAAAUCCAGUUUGGAGGAUUUCCCUUCCACUUUUGCAUCCACUAUGAAAGAGUUGAAAAGGUUGAUGGCACUGGAUAAUACAAAAUUAAAAGCCACAUUGGAGUCAUAUCAGCGUACAGAUGCUGGGAGAACAGGUCCUUUUCGAGCCAUCCAAGUUGUUUCUGUGCUCAUCUUCAUCAUUGAAAACCUAACUAAAAGCCCAGAACAAAACGAUCCAAAAACCAAAAAUGAUAUGCAGCAACCUGCCUUGACACAGUUGGCAUUGGCUGCUACAUUCAUUUGCAUGGGUUGUUUUACUGAUAGAUGUUUGACGGGAAACCCUGUCAAUGAUUGCCCCAUUUUACCGGCUGUGCUUGUAUUUGUGGAGUGGCUGGUGGCCGUCCUUGAUAAAGAGGAAAUAUUUGGAGCUGAUGAAAAAAGCGAAAGUGCCAUUUCGUACUUUUUUGGUGCAUUUGUUGAGCUUCUGAAUCAGCUUGAUGAUAAAAGGGGUAAUGUCGAGUCUCCAGAUUCUACUGCUCUGUGGGAAGACUAUGAGCUGCGUGGCUUUGCACCAGUUGUUCAUGCACAUGAGUCAUUAGAUUUUGGUGCACAUUGGGGAAACUUAAACAGUUAUGAGAGUAGAAAUGAAUGUCGUGGUCAACGAAUCACUCAUGCAGCAAUUAAGAUUGCAAACGGAUCCAGUGAUUCUCGGAAGUGGAUCAUCUAUGAUGAGGUGGAAAGAAAAUUCUACACCGGGGAGUCAAAAAAAUCGCCCAAUAGCAGAGGAUCAGAAUUGGUGGAGCCUUGCUCUGCUGUUGAAGUAGAACUGCCCUGUCAGCCUAUUUGUGAAAUCAACAAAGAAUGCGAGCAACAGAUACUUGGGGAAAAUCAGAGCAGCCCUCAAGUGCAUAGCAAAUCUGUUGCUGUUGAAGAGGAAGAAGUUAUUCUCUUCAAACCUAUAACCAGAUAUAAUUCAGCACCAGUUUGUACUUCUAGUACCGAAAAUGAUCUAAUGUUUCCAGAAGACAUAGGGGACCAAGCAGAACCUUCUGAUGAAUGUCUGCGCCGUGCCUCAUCACUACUUAUAGCACAGAACGAGGCUUAUGGUGAUCCGUUGACUUCCACUUCCACCAUCACUAAUUUCAGAAGCAAGAAGUCAUUCGAGCCAUUGGAGGCUCUUAUCAAAGAAUCAAUGGUAUGCCCAUUUUCAGAAGGCCCUGUCUUUGCCAGGCCUCCCUCGCUUAGUUCUUGGGUCCUCAAUAGAGGAAGUUUGAGCACUGAAAGAGAGAAAGGGACAAGUAAUUUUAACAAGCAUGGAUUAGAGCCUGUUGAGGAAACUGUUGAGGAAACACUUUCUGCAUCAUUUAUUGGUCUCUCCAUGGAUGAAACAAAGAAUUCUGUCACUGCUUCUGAGCAUGUCUCUCCAACCUUGCAUUACUCUUCCCCUCCGUAUAUAGCUCCAAUGCCGUCUGCCCCAUUAUUACCUGACGAUGCUGUCUGGUUUAGUGGUGUCCCAUCUAGUUUUCCUGAAUGCAAGAGCCCAGGGGUCAUUAACGAGACCGGUGACUUCAUGGGUGCAUCACCGCUAAGUGGGUACUCAAAUUGGACUGCUACUCAUGGGCCAGUUGAUUACACUCCUAGUAUUCCAGGCCUCAUUUAUGGACACUCACCAUUACUUGGUGCGAGAAGCUCUCCUGAAUGGUUUCACCACUACAACUACAACCAAAAUUUUGAGCAGGCCAAUAUUCAUAUGCGGCCAGUUCAGUUCUCUGCAGCUGGGAACCUUGGGGACUUCCAUGGUUAUGAUGCUUCCAGGUUUGAUCUUUUUGAUAGAUGGGGAAACCCGUUGGCUUCCAACCCAUUGAUAUACUUGGAGAGCCCACCAUUGCAUCCUGGGUCAACGCUUGUUUACGGUGUAGAUGAACAAAGGAGAGAGAAGCUCUUUCAUGGUUACCAAAGACCAUUUCCAUACGGGUAUGGUGCUGCCACUGACCUAAGAGACGAACAGCAGCAGCUUCUGCAAUAUCUUAAAGAAAAAGAAUUGCGACUGCCUCAGGAUCCACAAGUGAGAGGUCCUACUUACAUGGGGAAUUGAUAUGAGAAAGGUUCGGUUAUCAAAAUCAAAUGUUACGAGCACACAUGUACAUAUGUUUGAUCAUGCCCUCUUGAGAGAAAAAUUCUGCUGUUCAUAAUUAUAUGGAUUUUCUUGUGAAAGCCCAAACGUGCUCUUUCUGAUCUGGUAUGGAUCUUGUUCCCCUCUUAAAUCAGAAUGUAAUGUAUUGCAGAGCAGGCUUAGCCCCUCAUCUAGAAAUGCUGAUGGGUUGCCCCCCUCCUGUUUUCUUUUGGCAUUUCAGCUACCUUGAUUACAGGUAACAGGGUUUUAGAAAACCAGGCAUUGUAGGUUUUCACUGAGCUGUGCCACUGUGAAUUAAAUUUUAGUAAUGGCAUUAGGGGAAAUACGAAUCUACAUUUGAUCACCUCAUUUAUUUGUUAGUUU